AUGUGCGAACUGACCCCUCUCGCCAUGAGCCAGACCAAGGAUGAACUUGUCAAGCAUCUGAAGCUGCCGCCGGAAACCUAUGCAUUGAUGUCGAAGGAGACGGAUUCAGUCUACGUCUGGUUGACUGCUGGGAAAGCCCAUCUUAAAGAUAAUUGCAAGCGAAAGCCACCCUAUGACUGGAGUGACAUCAAGGAAGGGUCCAAGGACGAAGCGAUGAAGAUGAUAGCCGGGCGAGGCGAUCAGUACACCCAGUACUACUGGGAUCUAGGCAAUGCAGGAAAGGACGAGAACUGGAUUGCGAAGUGGUUCCUCUAUCAUAAGUUUCGCUAUCGAGACGGGAGGAACAGAGCACACCAGAAGUUGCCCAACAAUCAUAGACAUACCGACAAACAUGCAAAUAGCAGCUCGAGGCCGAGAAACUCGAUUUUAAGGGCAGAGCAGAGCGCAUAUAAGGAGUACUACGACGCCCAAGUAAACAAUCCUGGAACGAGCGGGAAUCGGUACGGUAACGAGCAGGGCUACUACACCCCGGCUCCAGUUGCGGCUGUGGGCGGUACUUACAUAUAUGAUCCUGUCCGCGAUAUAUGA